AUGUCAUCAAUUAGAGUAGUUUGUAGAUUUAGACCUCAAAAUAAAAAUGAAUUAGCACAAGGUGGUUGUUCAAUUGUGUCUGUGGCCGCAGAUAAUCAAAGUGUUAGUAUAAAUGGUGCAGAAUCAAAUCAUACAUUUACAUUUGAUCGUGUUUUUCAUGAUCAAUGCACACAAAAAGAAGUUUAUGAUGAUGCUGCAAAACCAGUAAUCGAAGAUAUCAUGGCAGGUUAUAAUGGUACUAUUUUUGUAUAUGGUCAAACUUCUUCAGGUAAAACUCACACAAUGCAGGGUCCAUCAAUCGAUGAUCAAGAACUUAAAGGUGUAAUUCCUAGAAUGAUUCAAACAGUUUUUGAAUGUAUUUCAAAUGCAGAUGAAAAUAUAGAGUUUAUUGUUAAAGCCAGUUAUAUCGAAAUUUAUAUGGAAAGAAUUAGGGAUUUGUUAGAUACUAAAAAGGAUAAUUUAAAGGUUAGAGAGGAAAAAGGUAAAGGUGUUUGGGUUGAUGGUACUACAGAGGCAUAUAUCUAUGGUGAACAUGAUAUCUUAAAUGUAAUUAGAAAUGGUCAAGCUAAUAGAGCUAUUGCAGAAACAAAAAUGAAUGCUGAAUCAUCUAGAAGUCACAGUAUUUUUAUUUUAACUAUUCAGCAAAAAAAUUUAAAAGAAGGAUCAGUCAAAACAGGUAAAUUAUAUUUGGUCGAUUUAGCAGGUUCAGAAAAGAUUUCAAAAACAGGUGCACAAGGUUUAACAUUAGACGAAGCUAAAAUGAUUAAUAAAUCAUUGUCAUCAUUGGGUAAUGUAAUCAAUGCAUUGACUGAUGGUAAAUCAGCACAUAUCCCAUACAGAGAUUCAAAGUUAACUCGUGUUCUUCAAGAGUCAUUGGGUGGUAACAGUAGAACUACAUUAAUUAUAAAUUGCUCACCUUCCAGCUACAACGAAGCCGAAACAGUUUCCACACUUAGAUUUGGUAGUAGAGCUAAAAACAUUAAGAAUAAGGCUAAAAUUAAUCAAGAAAGAAGUGCUGCAGAACUUAAAAUUCUCUUAUCAAAAGCAGAAAACGAAAUCGAAAGUCUCAAAGGUUAUAUUAAGGAGUUGGAGUCUGUUGGUGGUGCCCCUCGUUCGUCUGGUUCACAAUCUGCUUCAAGUGCUUCUGCCAAUAGCGAAAACGAUCAAGCAUUAAAAGCAUUACAAGAAAAAUGCAUUUCAUUAGAAAAGCAAUUAUUUAAAAAAGAAGAGGAGAAGAGAGAACUUUUAGAACAAUUAGAAAUAGCUCAAGAGCAAAUUCAAGAUAAGGAUCAAGAAUUGGAGGCAAUGAAUGCUCUUAGAGAUAGUGCAAAUAAAUACUCAUCACUUUAUCAAACCAUUACAAAUGAAAAUAGUGUGUUGAAUACUCAAAUAUCCGAAAUGAAAUUAAUUCUUGACAAAUCGAGGUUCGAAAUUUCUGAACAGGCCCUUACUAUUGAAGGUCUUCAAUCCGAAAAUCAAAGUAUUAAAUCAGAAUUUACAAUUCUUCAAGAAAAAUUCAGUAAACAAUCUUCCAACCCUGGUAAUGAUGCUUCAGUUGGUAGAUCAGAAGUUUCACCAAGUUCUCGUACUGAUAGAGAGGAUCCAUCAGCAUUUGUUUCCAAGCACGCCGAUGAAUGGGAAGAGAAAGCAGAACAGUUAAAACUUUUACAAAGAACUCCAUCAAAAGCAGUAGCAGCAAAAUCAUCAAAAUCGAUUGUUGGUGGUUCAAAUGCAGGUGCUAAUAGUUCACCAAUCAUCUCAUUGAAUAUUUCAGAAGAUAUCAACGGUAAUAGUGCAAGUACCACAGCUCAAAGUAAUAAUGAACAAGUUUUAGAGGCCGAAAAUCAAGUAUUAAAAGAUCGUAUCAAAGAGAUUGAACAUGAAUUUGAAAGUUAUAGAAUUGCAAAAGAGAAUUUAGCAAUGCAAAAAGAUUUAGAAAUCGAACAAUUAUUAGAAAGUCAAAGAAUUAGCAGUAGUUUUGUUGUAGAUCCAAGAAAUCUCGACGACGAGCUUCCAGCCGAAAUGAUGUUACAAGCUGAACAACUUAGAAAGUUAGUUUCAGAAAACUCUGAACAAAAGGUUCAUUUGGAAACUGUUAGACAUGAAAAUACUAAAUUAAAAUCGAGAAUCGAAGACAUUGAAGAGGAAACAAGACAAAGAAUGGAAGAAGAGUUAAAUCUUUUAAGAGAACAAACAAAUCUUAAACUUUUAGAAUUUGGUACCCUCAAAGAAUCACUCUUAAGAGAUCUCGAAAAUAGAUGUCAAAAGGUUAUUGAUUUAGAAUUGGUUUUAGACGAAUAUCAAGAUCGUAAUGCUACACUCACUGACCGUUUGAAGCGUGCCAAUAAACCAGGUGGAAAUGAUCAAGAGACAAUGUUAAUUCAAACAAAACUUGACGAAAUGACAUCAUUAAAACACCAAUUAAAUAAUGAAAAUAAUAAGCUCAAAUCAGAGAUUGAUAGAUUAAAGAAAUUACACACCCUCAGAGGCGAACAUAUUAUCAGUUUAGAAAAUACUAUAGCAAUUAAUCAAGAGAAUCAAUAUAAAUUAGCAAUUAAUCAUCAAACCCUUACAGUAGAAUUUGAACGUAUUAAAAAUGAGCUCGAAAGAGUUAACUCAAAUCAACCUGAAAACUCUGGUGCUCGUGUUGCAAGAGUUAUUAGAGGUGGUGGUGGUAAUAGUGGUAGUGCUCAUUUAACAUCAAAUAAUUCAAAUACAGCCUCAACUAAUAAACUCAAUUAUCAUACUACACCAACUCCUUUAACUUCAAAUCUUUAUAACAAUACUAAAAAAAGUACCAAAGAGUUAAAUAAUAGUGUUAAAGCCGAGCCAUUGAUUUUAUCAGGUUCUCCAUUUAAUCAAUCACCAAAUUCUUUAGUCGGUGCCAAUAGUAAUACCAUUGGCGGUAGUACUACACCAGGCAGAACAUUAAAUUCAGAAAAUAGCUCAUCAUCAAUUUGGAACUCAAUAUUUAAAAAGAAAUCACCAUCUUCUACACCAUCAUCAUCAACAAAUAGUUUAACACCACCAUCACCAUCUAAUAUUAAUAAUAACACCUCACCAUUGGUACCACCACAACUUUCACCUCCAAUCCCAGUUUCUUUUAAUUAUACCUCUGCAGCUGUACCAACUUCACCUGCCAAUAAAUCUAAUACAGAAUCAAAAGAAUAACUACUAAAUUUAACAUUUAAUAAUAUAUAAAUAACAAUCAACAAUAUAUAAAUAAUUUAAUUAAUUACAUCUAAUAAAAUUUUUUUUUUUAAUU